UUUUCCCAGUGGUUUUCUGGGCAUCGACGCAGGGCAAAACACCGUUGCUAUUUGCACGUCGAAGCUCUUUCUCUUUCUGGGUAUUUUUUAUUUUUCGUCUUUGAGUCAAAAUUGGCUCUUUAUUUUGCUAGGGAAUAAAAAAUACUGCAAAUUUCGAAAGAUGGCUGCAAGCUUUGCUUCCAGAUGUUCUCGUGUGGGCCGUUCUCUGUUUAGCGGAUUAAGCAACACUUCACCUGGUUUAUUUACCACUUCACAUGAGAUGACAUGCAGCAAUUUCUUUUCUCAGCAGCAACGCACCUUCAUACAGAUGAGGACUGUUCUGAAGGUUGUGGACAAUUCUGGGGCUAAAAAGGUGAUGUGCAUACAGGCAUUGAAAGGGAAGAAAGGGGCAAGAUUAGGUGACACAAUAAUAGCCUCAGUGAAGGAGGCUCAUCCUAAUGGAAAAGUGAAGAAAGGAAAGGUUGUAUAUGGGGUAGUUGUACGUGCAGCAAUGCCAAGGGGGCGUUGUGAUGGCAGUGAGGUCAAGUUUGAUGACAAUGCUGUGGUGCUUGUUGACAAGCAAGGCCAGCCUAUUGGAACCAGAGUUUUUGGGCCAGUGCCUCAUGAGCUCAGGCGGAAGAAGCAUGUCAAGAUUCUUACCUUGGCAGGGCAUAUCGCAUAAAUGAAAAAAGGGUUAUCUAAUGAAAUCCAAUAUCACAACUAUCAUUUUUAUAUUUUGAUCUUUUGGUGUGAAGUGAAAGGUUAGUGCUCAAUCUAUCAAUUUGUGAGGAGAAAAAUAGGAGGUGUAGGUGACUUGACUUCUACUCAAAUAACGACCAUUUGGUUUGGUGUCUAGCCUAAAAUUGAACUAGAGAUAUGGCAUUCAUGUAUGCUUCAUAUUUAACGGAGCAAGUAUUUGUGAUUUUGAUUUUUCUUUUCGGUUUCUGCUUUGUUCAUUGGGCAAUAGUUUGACA